GCCUUUGUCUCUCACUGCAGCCUGAGCUCCAGGUCUUACCUUCAUUGCUCUGUGUCCUCUGCUCCUGGAGGCCCGGCUCUGUGACCCUGUGACCUGCAGGUAUUGGGAGACCCACAGCUAAGACACCGGGACCCCCUGAAAUCCUAGAAAUGGAAGACCUGAGGUCUGGAGUGUAUCCUCUCAAGGGAGCAAGUGGAUGCCCCGCAGCUGAGAGGAAUCUUCUGGUGUACUCUUAUUUUGAAAAGGAGACAUUGACAUUUAGGGAUGUGGCCAUAGAAUUCUCUCUGGAGGAGUGGGAAUGCCUGAACCCUGCUCAGCAGAAUUUAUAUAUGAAUGUGAUGUUAGAGAACUACAAAAACCUGGUCUUCUUGGGUAUUGCUGUCUCUAAGCAAGACCCAGUCACCUGUCUGGAGCAAGAAAAAGAGCCCUGGAAUACGAAGAGACAUGAGAUGGUGGAUGAACCCCCAGCUAUGUGUUCUUAUUUUACCAAAGACCUUUGGCCAGAGCAAGACAUAAAAGAUGUUUUUCAACAAGUAAUACUGAGAAGAUACGGAAAAUGUGAACAUGAGAAUUUAAAGUUAAGAAAAGGCUCCACAAGUGUAGAUGAGUAUAAGGUGUACAAAGAAGGUUAUAAUGAACUAAACCAGUGUUUGACAACUACCCAGAGCAAAAUAUUUCCAUGUGAUAAAUAUGUGAAAGUCUUUCAUAAAUUUUUAAAUGCAAAUAGACAUAAGACAAGACAUACUGGAAAGAAACCUUUCAAAUGUAAAAAAUGUGGCAAAUCAUUUUGCAUGCUUUUACACCUAAGUCAACAUAAAAGAAUUCAUAUUAGAGAGAAUUCUUACCAAUGUGAGGAAUGUGGCAAAGCCUUUAAAUGGUUCUCAACCCUUACUAGACACAAGAGAAUUCAUACUGGAGAGAAACCCUUCAAAUGUGAAGAAUGUGGCAAAACUUUUAAGCAGUCCUCAACCCUUACUACACAUAAGAUAAUUCAUACUGGAGAGAAACCCUACAAAUGUGAAGAAUGUGGCAAAGCCUUCAACCGGUCUUCACACCUUACUACACAUAAGAUAAUUCAUACUGGAGAGAAACCCUACAAAUGUGAAGAAUGUGGCAAAGCUUUUAACCAGUCUUCAACCCUUACUACACAUAAGUUCAUUCAUGCUGGAGAGAAACCUUACAAAUGUGAAGAAUGUGACAAAGCUUUUAACCGAUUCUCAUACCUUACUAAACAUAAGAUAAUUCAUACUGGAGAAAAAUCUUACAAAUGUGAAGAAUGCGGCAAAGGCUUUAAUUGGUCCUCAACCCUUACUAAACACAAAAGAAUUCAUACUGGAGAGAAACCUUACAAAUGUGAAGUGUGUGGCAAAGCCUUUAAUGAGUCCUCAAACCUUACUACACAUAAGAUGAUUCAUACUGGAGAGAAGCCCUACAAAUGUGAAGAAUGUGGAAAAGCCUUUAACCGGUCCCCACAACUUACUGCACAUAAGAUAAUUCAUACUGGAGAGAAACCUUACAAAUGUGAAGAAUGUGGCAAAGCUUUUAGCCAAUCGUCAAUCCUUACUACACAUAAGAGAAUUCACACUGGAGAGAAACCCUACAAAUGUGAAGAAUGUGGCAAAGCUUUUAACCGAUCCUCAAAUCUUACUAAACAUAAGAUAAUUCAUACAGGAGAGAAAUCUUACAAAUGUGAAGAAUGUGGUAAAGCCUUUAACCAAUCCUCAACUCUUACUAAACAUAGGAAAAUUCAUACUAGAAAGAAACCCUACAACUGUGAAGAAUGUGGCAAUGCAUUUAACCAGUCCUCAAACCUUAUAAACAAAAUAAUUCAUACUGGAGAGAAACUCUACAAAUGUGAAGAAUGUGGGAAAGCCUUUAAGCAGUCCUCAACUCUUACUAAGCAUUAAAAAUUGGCCAGGUGCAGUGGCUCACUCCUGUAAUCCCAGCAUUUUGGGAGGCUGAGGCAGGCGGAUCACAAGGUCAAGAGAUCGAGACCAUCCUGGCCAACAUGGU